AUGACAUAUAAUGAAGGAUAUUUAUACGGAGCAGGAGCUCUUAGUCGAAAAUCUGAUUAUACGCUGUCACAUAAAUUUAUUAAAGAAUAUUUACAGCUUGAUGACUCAUUGUUUAGUCAUCCAGACAAUUGCUAUUAUCUCUCUAAUUAUUGUCAUAUCGAAAAUCGCGGUGGGCAUAGAUACUUGAGACCGUCCGAAUGUUCGAAAUUCGUAUUAAAGCAAGGAUAUCACUUAUUUUAUGAUUAUAACUGGACAUACAGUUAUCAUGGAACUGAUCCGAAGAACAUUAAAAGUAUUCUUCAAUAUGGUUUAAAAAAGCCCGGAUCCCUCGCUGGAAAUAAAAUAGUCGAAUCAGUGAACGGUUCGAUGUACGGUACCGGCAUUUACACAUCAAAAGUCCCAGUGUACUCACAGCUGUAUGCGCCAAUGACCAGUUGGAAUGGUAAAUAUUUUCAAACUAUAUUAAUGGUGCGACAAAAGUCGAAUGCAAUUGAUCCUCAAGAGGGAGAAGGCACGUAUACGAACACCUUGCUCGGAUGUACCGAUAUCCAUAGGUUAUAUAAUGGAAAGAUUUCAUCGGAUGAAAUGCAAUAUGUUUGCUUUGAUGAAAGUUCAUGUGUUCUACAUGCCUUAUUGAUCAAAAUUCACGACAACCAUAAUUAUGAAUAUCGUAAAAUUAUCCAAAUUUUAAAUAACAUUUAG